UAAGUGAGGCCUAACGGACAGUUGAGUUGCUUAUUUUCUCUGAGCUUUUUUAAAAGUCUGAUGCUGUGCUCCUCCUGGGAUAUGUUCUUAGCCAAGUAGGUAUUCAAUGCUUGUCCAGUGCCUGCUGCCGAUCUGGAAUGCCUCUUCAAGAACACACGGACGAGCGGCAAACCUGUCUCAUUGGGUCAGUGCUCUGAGUGUGUGUGUGUGUGGGGGGGGGGGGAGCUCAUUUUGGAAAAAGGGUACAGGUUAGAUCACUCCCCUCAGCAUUCCUACCACCUACUCGUUUGGUCCCCAACUAGGCAGUUAGGUAGCGACUGUACAGCCACCCCUUGCGAUAAAGAUCUUUACCAACUCUUCCUUUAAGGAUUGAGUGGGACUGAAAGGAGACAAAAGUAUCCAUUGUUACCCUGCACUUGAGGAGUAUUGAUGGCAAUGCCGUUCCAACAUAACCAGUGUCAUCUAGCCCAACGUCGCAACUCGGAGAAUCUGAAGGAAGAGUGGGCUAUGGGAUGGGGACUGACUAGAAGUCUGUCUCCCUGAGCUCUUAUGGGCUGGCCUGAACAGGCCACAGCUGUACCACUGCAGGUAAGUUGGUCACGCGACAAACACCCAUACCUGCUCAGGCGCAUCCAAUGGAGUGUUUCCCAUGCAAUAGACAAGCCCAUCCAUUCCUUCAUCUUCCCCAAACCAGUGCAAAUCCAAUCUGGCUGGUUCCAACUAUUCUACCAACUGCAUACCUUUAUCCCGGCCCGGCCUUGUCUCCCGUUUCCCUUUAGGUUGAGCCAUCCUCACUUGCCAUCACCUGUCCCUGCUGCAGAUUGCAGCUCCCCCCUUCAGCCUGAGACCACUUUAUGCUUUCACCCUCUGUUACCUAUUGCCCGUUGUCCAACCACCCACUACAACCCUGUGACUUGAUCGCUCAGCCGGCCUUACAUACCGGUCCUCCGGCCGGCCAUAGCUAUAUCACAGCCCCAUCCGGCCCGGCCCCGCCCUGCAACGUCAGCGCCGAGUUCAGCAGCCGGUGCCCUCCGUUCCCUCCGUCGCCCUUCCAUUGUCUUCUGAGUUUGCACCCGCCCAAUCAGUCACACAUUGCACCCACCUUUUCUGACCUCCAUUCCAAGCAUCGCUCUCGCCUUGUCGUGGUUUUCUUCAUUUCUUCACUUUACAAUCCAGCGAGGGUAACUUGACAGUGGAAAGAAGGUAUCUGACUGAUUUAUUGCCUUGGCACUUCUGCCCUUCUGCCCUUCUCUGUGUAACCAACCACUUCCCCCAUACUCCUCCCACACCUCAACACUCUCGCCCGACUUCCACACUGCAAAACCUACGUCGUCGUCAUAUUCCUCCUCGUACUUCUUCCCAGUACCACACACAUACCGAAUCACACCAUCCCCCAUCUAGUCACUCAUUAUGCCUGUUGAGAAAGAUCCCCCUGUCGCCACGGCGGACUACGAUGCAUCCGACUGCGCCAUCGACGACUCCGACGAUGGCGACGAGCUGUAUGUCGAGGUCCAGAAAUCGAUCUCUGACCUCAAGAAGAGACGCGCCUCAGGCCGUGUCAGUCUGCAUGACUUGCCGUUCCGCUGGAGCCCUUUGGUUCUGCCUCUGACCGAGUCCAAUGUCAAAUCCUGCGUCGUCCUCGAGGAAGCUGCUUUCCCCAACCCUGAUCACCGCGCUACGCGCGAGAAGUUCGAGUACCGUCUCUCAACCUGCUCCAACAUCUGCAUUGGACUGUUCUGUAGCAUUGUCCCGAGCAAAGUCGAUGGCUUCCCUCUCCCGACAUUCGCAGUCGCCAAUGUUGUCGAGACUGGCCGCGCCGACAAUGCCAGGAUGGUUCUGUUCGGUCACGUCAUCUCGACCCUCGGCAACGGCCCCGUUGUCACGGACGAGGACAUGGCCUACCCCGAAAACUGGCGCGAUCAGAAGUCAUCCAAAGACUCGAGGCUUGGCCACAAGGUCAUGGGUCGCACCGUCUGCCUUCACUCCUUCGCCAUUCUUCCCAAGGUGCAGAACUGCGGCCUGGGCAGGCUGCUCAUGAAGGCAUACCUUCAGCAGAUCAACGAGUCCGGCAUUGCUGAUCGAGUCGCUCUGAUAUGCCAGGACUGGUUGGUUAGUUACUACCAGCGCUUUGGCUUCAAGCGCCUGGGCCGCAGCAAGGCUUCCUUCGGUGGUGGUGGUUGGAAUGACAUGGUCAUCGACCUCUGCGGUCCGCAGAAGAAGUCCGCCGAUGCCCUCUCGACCAAAGACGCGUAGAGUCACGCUGUCAACCUCGGGCGUGGGGUUGAAGAGCUGAAAGCAUUCGUCGAUGAUUAUUGCUCUCCCAUAAAGUAAGUCCAUCGAGGCAGGACUUUUCGUCGCUUUUCUGUUACGCACAAAUAAACGAGAAAGGGCCAUGGCUACAUAUACCGCGGUCGUCGGGAUGGGGCGACUACAUAUUUGCAUGGACGGACGGGCGGCUUUGCCAAUUUUUUCUUUUCUUUUCUUCUUACUUUCCUACCCUUUUUACCGAAUGCGUAACGAUACCAGCGGGAUGAACAUAUCCAACGGCGACAUCGUGAGACGUGUAAGUAGUUAAACGUCUGGGCGAGGAUUAUGAAAUAGAGUGCCCGUGCCUCUGAAAGAAGACGAGCAAGGGAAACUGUAUUACAACGUUUUCACUGCAAGCCUCCAUGCUUUAGUUUUGAUAUUAGCGUGACGUCUUUCCACAUGCACACGCUGCUUCCGUAUCAGUUUCACCAUCUUAUGCGCCUGACCCAAAGCGGGCCCUACGAAGUUGUCCAUCCCUAUGAGCGCCAACCACUGGCCGUGAGCCAGACCUGACACCAAUUGCAUAAAUUUCAGCUUCAAGCCCCUAGCCGAAUAUGGCCCGUUCGCC